AUGAUUGAACCCAUAGGGAAUCAGUAUGUUGUGGCCAGGCCAGUGUACUCUUCAAAUGCUUUUGGGGAAGAGCACAAGAAGAAAGAGAGACGUCACAAGACAUUUCUAGAUCAUCUCAAAGAUUUGUGUAGAUGUUCCACACAAAAGGUCAAGAGAAUCGUCAUGUCUUUGUUCCCCAUAGCAUCUUGGCUACCAGCGUAUCGGAUAAGAGAAUGGCUGCUCAGUGACAUCGUGUCUGGUAUCAGCACAGGACUGGUGGCUGUACUCCAAGGUUUAGCAUUUGCUCUGCUGGCCACCGUCCCCCCACGCUAUGGGUUGUAUGCGGCCUUUUUCCCAAUCCUAACCUACUUUAUCUUGGGGACUUCUAGACACAUAUCUGUGGGUCCGUUUCCAGUUCUGGGUAUGAUGGUGGGAGCAGUAGUUACAAGGGUAGCAUCAGAUACUGGGAUCAUGACAGACUCCUUUAAUAGCUCCGUGAGUAAUGAGUCAUUACUGGAGGAAAGGAAGAUAAUGGUGGCUGCAUCAGUCACAGUCCUUUCUGGAAUCAUUCAGUUGCUUUUGGGGGUCCUGCAGAUCGGAUUUGUGGUGAUCUACCUAUCCGAGUCCCUAAUCAGUGGGUUUACCACAGCUGCUGCCAUUCACGUUUUGGUUUCUCAACUCAAAUUCAUGCUACAGCUGACAGUCCCAGCCCACACUGACCCAUUCUCAAUUUUCAAAGUCCUGAAGUCCGUAUUCACCCAAAUAGAGAAAACUAACAUUGCAGACCUUGUGACAUCCUUGAUCAUCCUACUGGUUGUAUUUGUGGUUAAAGAAUUAAAUCAGCGCUACAAAAGCAAACUUCCAGUGCCUAUUCCCAUCGAAUUCAUUGUGACCGUGAUCGCAACAGGUGUAUCCUAUGGCUUUGACUUCGAACACAGGUUUAACGUGUCUGUGGUUGGAGAGAUGAAAAGUGGAUUUCAUCCCCCUAUUACACCUGAUGUGAAGGUUUUCCAAGCCACCAUAGGAGACGGCUUCAGCAUUGCCAUCGUGGGCUUCGCAGUGGCCUUUUCAGUUGCCAGAGUCUAUUCCCUCAAGUACGAUUAUCCAAUUGAUGGCAAUCAGGAGUUAAUAGCAUUGGGAGUGAGUAACAUAUUCGCUGGGUCAUUCAGAGGAUUUGCAGGGAGCACGGCCCUCUCCAGAUCCGGGGUUCAGGAAAGCACAGGAGGCAAAACACAGAUUGCUGGCAUUGUCUCAGCUAUCAUUGUGCUCAUUGUCAUUGUAGCCAUAGGAUUUCUUCUGCAACCACUACAAAAGUCUGUUCUGGCUGCUUUAGCUCUUGGAAACUUAAAGGGAAUGCUGAUGCAGUUUGCUGAAAUAGGCAGAUUGUGGCGAAAGGAUAAAUAUGACUGUCUAAUUUGGAUCAUGACCUUCAUCUUUGCCAUUGUCCUGGGACUCGGGUUAGGCCUGGCAGCAAGUGUGGCAUUUCAGCUCCUAACCAUCGUGUUCAGGACCCAAUUUCCAAAAUGCAGCACACUGGCUAAUAUUGGAAGGAGCAACAUCUAUAAGAAUAAGAAAGACUAUUCUGAUAUGUAUGAGCCGGAAGGAGUGAAAAUUUUCAGAUGUCCAUCUCCGAUCUACUUUGCAAAUAUUGGUUUCUUUAAGCAGAAACUCAUUGAUGCUGUUGGCUUUAGUCCUCUUCGAAUUCUACGCAAACGCAACAAAGCUUUGAAGAAAAUUCGAAAACUGCAGAAGCGAGGCCUGCUACAAGUGACAAGUAAAGGGUUCAUAUGUACUACUGAGAGUCUAAGGGAGCCCGAUGAAGAGCUAGACAACAAUCAGCUGGAAGAACUGGACCAGCCCAUCAAUACCACAGACCUGCCCUUCGAGAUCGACUGGAAUGAGGAUCUUCCUCUCAACCUGGUGGUCCCCAAAAUCAGCCUCCAUAGCCUCAUUCUUGAUUUUUCAGCAGUGUCCUUUCUUGAUGUUUCUUCAAUGAGAGGUCUCAAAACGAUUUUGCAAGAAUUUAUCAGGAUCAAGGUAGAUGUGUACAUUGUUGGAACUGAUGAUGAUUUCAUUGAGAAGCUAGCUCGGUGUGAAUUUUUUGAUGAUGAAGUCACGGACUCAAUAUUUUUCUUAACAAUCCAUGAUGCUGUUUUGCAUAUUCUGAUGAAGAGGGAUUACAGUACUUCAAAACUGAAUUCCAGUCAGGAAAAAGAAAUGAAAUUUGACUUUACCAUCAAUACAAAUGGAGGAUUACGUAAUAGGGAAUGUCAGGUACCAGUUGAAACGAAAUUCUAA